UUAAAAAUAUAGGUUAAGUUAAUUGACAAAAUCCCUAUUUUUUUCAAGGACCAGAUGCUCAUAGUAAAUAAUAAUUACGUAAACGAUUUAUUAUGAUUUUUUUUCCUUAUCUGGCAAUGGGUACUUAACAGCCAUGUAUCGAAUUGAUUUAUACAGCAAACCAAUAUUUUUGUUUCUUCAUUAGUUGAUUCUAGAUAGGAAAGAUGUUGAAUUUAAGAAGAUUACUUUUAGUUAAUGAAAAACGGACAAAUUUGGUACAAAAAUGUCAGUAUUCGUUACGUAUAGAUCACGAAACUUUAACCGAAGGACCCCUCCAACAAUUAGAAAACAAAAUAAACAAUAAGGAAUUACAAAAAGAUGAAGUACAAAAAAGAAUAGCGCAACAACUUCAAAAAGUAUAUAAUGACAUCAAAGGAUAUAAACCUGUUGCUACAAAUAUUUUUAGUAAAAUUUUUACUCGUAGAAAAUCAGCUCCUAAAGGUUUAUACAUUUACGGAGCCGUUGGAGGCGGUAAGACUAUGUUAAUGGAUAUAUUUUUCGAUAGUUGCAAUAUAGAGAAGAAAUCUAGGGUGCACUUCAACGCAUUUAUGUUGCAAGUCCAUAAGAAGAUGCAUGAAUUGAAACAAGAAAUCAUCGUGGAUUAUUCUCAGAGGAAACCAAAACCAUUUGAUCCGAUUCCUCCAGUUGCCGACAGUAUUAUAGAUAAAUCUUGGUUAAUAUGUUUUGAUGAGUUUCAGGUAACAGAUGUAGCAGAUGCCAUGAUCCUUAAACGAUUAUUUACACAUUUAUUUGAACGUGGAGCAGUUGUAAUUGCAACUAGUAACCGCCGACCGGAAGAUUUAUACAAAAACGGAUUGCAAAGAUCAAAUUUUGUACCUUUCAUAACAGUUUUAAAAAACCACUGCAAUGAAGCUAACUUAGACUCAGGAAUUGAUUAUAGAUUACGAGCUAUUGGUGCUAAAACUAAUUAUUUCGAAAAAACUAAAUAUAAAAUCGAUCCUAUUAUACAAAUAUUCAAAAUUCUUACUGCGAAAGAAAACGAUGUUGUCCGUAGUAAAACUUUCAAUAUAAUGGGUCGAAACGUUGAUUUUAGGAAAGUUUGUGGUGGAGUUUUGGAAACUACGUUCGAUGAAUUAUGUGCCAGACCUCUUGGAGCUAACGAUUAUUUACAUCUAACGCAAUUUUUCCAUACAAUUAUCAUUAAAGACGUACCGCGAAUUGAUUUAUAUAAAAUGAGAUCUGAAGGGAGGAGAUUUAUUACACUCAUCGAUGCGUUAUAUGAUAAUAGAACAAAGGUUAUCAUUUCGGCGGAUGUACCUAUCAAAGAUUUAUUUUACGUACCUUCGAUGAAACCAGAUGAAAUCAGGGAUGAAGAUAGAAUGUUGAUGGAUGAUUUGAAAAUGGGGGAAAAUGAUUUGGAGGCGAAUAUAUUUACGGGAGCUGAGGAGAUAUUCGCUUUUGAUAGGACGUUAUCUCGGUUAAACGAAAUGCAAAGCGAAGAUUAUUGGGGAAAGAAAAAGUAGUACUUAAUUUCAACUGAAUUAUGAUUGAAUAAGUACUUAUUUUGUGCUUAAAUUGUAGGUGUUUGUUGUUCAUUGAUGGUGAUCAAAAUUUGAAAAAUUAUUAGUCGAGUAAUUUAUUUUAAACUUGUUUUAUGACUUUCUUUUCUAAAAUUUUAAUGGAAAAUAGUUGCUAUAGAAAUUUUAUUGUAAAAGAUUUCUAAAGAUUAUAAUUUUUAUGGAAAAAAAAUUGUUGAAUCAGUAUUUAUAAAUAUUUUUUGUUUC